AUCUUCACAAAAUCCUAAACCUUAUCUCAAAGUAUACCCUCCUGCUCGCUCUUCACUUGGAGAAGAUCGGAGAAAAUUAGUAGUAGCCACUUGCCCUUUUAACGGGGUGAGAACUAACAAGUUUUGCUGGGCUGACCUCAGGGUGCUCCUAAAAUGAUACCACCCGGCCCUGGAGGACCUGGGCCGGGGCCGGGACCUGGACCUGGAGGUCCGCCUGCUCCAUGGCCUGGGCCAGGGGCUCCUGGGCCUGGUUGGGGUCCUCCACCAGCUCCGUGGCCUGUACCCAUGGCUCCUGGACCUGGACCUGCACCGGCUCCAUGGCCUGGACCCGUGGCUCCUGGACCUGGACCUGGACCUGGUGGUACACCGGCUCCAUGGCCUGGACCAGGAGGUUUCAUUGAUGGUUUCUUCAGUGGCUUGUGUAAUACCAUGUCAGCUUGCUUAUCUGUCUUGUGCUGUUGCUGGUUACUACAAGACUGCUUUGGCGGCCCACCUGGCCCAUUUCUGCCUCCAGCUCCACCUGGACCUUUUGGAGGCCCACCAGGCCCGCCUGCUGGACCACCCCCACCGUGACUAGUCUUCCCCAAUCCACGUUACAAAGAAAGCAACUGCAAACAAGAGAGUGAAUUACUAAUCAAGGCUUCAUUUUGGCGGGCGAUGGAGAGACGUGUACUACCAAAUCAAUUGUGUUUGUGUUUUAUUUUCGAAUUAAAGAUGUUCUUUCCCGCCUCUUCUUAUUCCGUUAAAAAUAACUUGCUUAUUUUUCUUCACAA